AUGACUAGUGCUAGCGGAAUGAAAAGGCCGGUCGAUGUGGCCAAUUUUAAAAUAGCGAUCAGGGAUAUGGGUGAUGAUGAGCUCGGCAGAGUGAAGCAAGAAGUUGAGAACAGUAUCAGACACCUGACCCGGUCAAACGAGAGAUUGCAUCGAUACAUCAAGAAGUUGCAAGGGCAUGCUGUAGAGUUGGAAGAUGGUGAGGAGAUGGAUGAGAAUUUGGGCUCGGACGACAUUGAGUUGUUUCAGGAGUCUAUUAGGGAGAACGAGCUGGUCUUGGAUAACUCCCGGGAAAGAUUAGAGGCUUUGCAUGACGAGCUGGCGUAUAGAAAAGCACAACAUCCUGAUGGCAAGUCCAACCCUGAGGGCAGCCUCGCAGAACGUAAACUGUCUGCCAUUGACAUGGACAACACAAACGUUGACGUCGCUGCACCAAAUUCCAUCUACUUGUAG